ACAGCGAGCGCCACCACCGCGGGCCCGCAGCGGUUCUGCCUGCUGCCACUGCUGCCACCGCUGCCUUCAUCGCCGCCACCAGCGCUCCAGCUGCAGGAAGGCCGCUAUGAGAGCGCGGAAAGCCUGCGAGUAGCCGCUGGCUGGGGGCGCGAGGCUCAGGGCGCACACCUGGUAUUGAGGAUCAUGAUCUCAUGGAUGCAUCUGUCUGAAUGGGACCUGGGGACAACAUGGUCCUUUAGAAAACACAUUUAAAUUGCUGGCUAAUUUCUGGGUUUGCCACUCAACAUAGGACCUUGUGGAUUGUAUUUGUCACAACUCUCCUAAAUAUUCCCCACCAUGCUAUCUUUAUUAGCUUGAAAUCCUUUCCUAAAAUGGUCCUUCUGUUGAUCCUGUCAGUCCUGCUUUUGAAAGAAGAUGUCCGCGGGAGUGCACAGUCCAGUGAGAGGAGGGUGGUGGCUCACAUGCCAGGCGACAUUAUCAUUGGAGCUCUCUUUUCUGUCCACCACCAGCCUACUGUGGACAAGGUUCAUGAAAGAAAGUGUGGGGCAGUUCGUGAACAGUAUGGCAUUCAGAGAGUGGAGGCCAUGCUGCAUACCUUGGAAAGGAUCAAUUCAGACCCCACACUCUUGCCCAACAUCACUCUGGGCUGUGAGAUCAGGGACUCCUGCUGGCAUUCAGCUGUUGCCCUAGAACAGAGCAUUGAGUUCAUAAGGGAUUCCCUUAUUUCUUCCGAAGAAGAAGAGGGUUUGGUACGUUGUGUGGAUGGUUCUUCUUCUUCUUUUCGCUCCAAGAAGCCUAUCGUCGGAGUCAUUGGGCCUGGCUCUAGUUCUGUGGCCAUUCAAGUCCAGAACUUGCUUCAGCUUUUCAACAUACCUCAGAUUGCUUACUCGGCAACCAGCAUGGAUCUCAGUGACAAGACUCUGUUCAAGUACUUCAUGAGGGUGGUGCCUUCAGAUGCCCAGCAGGCACGGGCCAUGGUGGACAUAGUGAAGAGAUACAACUGGACCUAUGUGUCAGCUGUGCACACAGAAGGCAACUACGGAGAAAGUGGGAUGGAGGCUUUCAAAGAUAUGUCAGCCAAGGAAGGGAUUUGCAUCGCCCACUCUUACAAAAUCUACAGCAAUGCGGGGGAGCAGAGCUUUGAUAAGCUGCUGAAGAAGCUCGUGAGCCACUUGCCCAAGGCCCGAGUGGUGGCCUGCUUCUGUGAGGGCAUGACAGUGAGAGGUCUGCUGAUGGCUAUGAGGCGCCUGGGUCUAGCGGGAGAAUUUCUGCUGCUUGGCAGUGAUGGCUGGGCUGACAGGUAUGACGUGACAGAUGGGUAUCAGCGAGAAGCUGUUGGUGGAAUCACAAUUAAGCUUCAAUCUCCUGAUGUCAAGUGGUUUGAUGAUUAUUAUCUGAAGCUCCGGCCAGAAACAAACCUCCGAAACCCUUGGUUUCAAGAAUUUUGGCAGCAUCGUUUUCAGUGCCGGCUGGAAGGGUUUGCACAGGAGAACAGCAAAUACAACAAGACCUGCAAUAGUUCUCUGACUCUGAGAACACAUCAUGUUCAAGAUUCCAAAAUGGGAUUUGUAAUCAACGCCAUCUAUUCCAUGGCCUAUGGGCUCCACAACAUGCAGACGUCCCUGUGCCCGGGCUACGCAGGACUCUGUGAUGCAAUGAAGCCAAUCGACGGGCGGAAACUUUUGGACUCCCUGAUGAAAACCAAUUUUACUGGGGUGUCUGGAGAUAUGAUCCUAUUCGAUGAGAAUGGAGACUCUCCAGGAAGGUAUGAAAUAAUGAAUUUCAAGGAAAUGGGAAAAGAUUAUUUUGAUUACAUCAAUGUUGGAAGUUGGGACAACGGAGAAUUAAAAAUGGAUGACGAUGAAGUAUGGUCCAAGAAAAACAAUAUUAUCAGAUCUGUGUGCAGUGAACCAUGUGAGAAAGGCCAGAUAAAGGUGAUCCGGAAGGGAGAAGUCAGCUGUUGUUGGACCUGUACACCUUGUAAAGAGAAUGAGUACGUCUUUGAUGAGUACACCUGCAAGGCGUGCCAGCUAGGGUCCUGGCCCACUGAGGAUCUUACAGGUUGCGAUUUGAUCCCGGUCCAGUAUCUUCGCUGGGGUGACCCUGAGCCCAUUGCAGCUGUGGUCUUCGCCUGCCUUGGCCUGCUAGCCACCCUGUUCGUCACUGCAGUCUUUAUCAUUUACCGCGAUACACCAGUAGUCAAGUCCUCCAGCAGGGAGCUCUGCUACAUUAUCCUUGCUGGCAUCUGCCUGGGCUACUUGUGUACCUUCUGCCUCAUUGCAAAGCCCAAACAGAUUUAUUGCUACCUUCAGAGAAUUGGCAUUGGUCUCUCCCCAGCCAUGAGCUACUCGGCCCUUGUAACCAAGACCAACCGCAUUGCAAGGAUCCUGGCUGGCAGCAAGAAGAAGAUCUGUACCAAAAAGCCCAGAUUCAUGAGUGCCUGUGCCCAACUUGUGAUUGCUUUCAUUCUCAUCUGCAUCCAGUUGGGCAUCAUUGUUGCUCUCUUUAUCAUGGAGCCUCCUGACAUCAUGCACGACUACCCAAGCAUUCGAGAAGUCUACCUGAUUUGUAACACUACUAACCUAGGAGUUGUCACCCCUCUUGGAUACAAUGGAUUGUUGAUUUUGAGCUGCACGUUCUAUGCAUUCAAGACCAGAAAUGUUCCAGCUAAUUUCAACGAGGCCAAGUAUAUCGCCUUCACAAUGUACACGACCUGCAUCAUAUGGCUGGCCUUUGUGCCCAUCUACUUUGGCAGCAACUACAAAAUCAUCACCAUGUGUUUCUCAGUCAGCCUCAGUGCCACAGUGGCCCUAGGCUGCAUGUUUGUGCCGAAGGUGUACAUCAUCCUGGCCAAACCAGAGAGAAACGUGCGCAGCGCCUUCACGACGUCUACCGUGGUGCGCAUGCACGUGGGGGAUGGCAAGUCCUCCUCUGCGGCCAGCAGAUCCAGCAGUCUCGUCAACUUGUGGAAGAGGAGGGGCUCCUCUGGGGAAACCCUAAGGUACAAAGACAGGAGACUGGCCCAGCACAAGUCGGAAAUAGAGUGUUUCACCCCCAAAGGGAGUAUGGGGAAUGGUGGGAGAGCAACAAUGAGCAGCUCUAAUGGAAAAUCUGUCACAUGGGCCCAGAACGAGAAGAGCAGCCGGGGGCAGCAUCUGUGGCAGCGGCUGUCGGUCCACAUCAACAAGAAAGAGAACCCUAACCAAACGGCCGUCAUCAAACCGUUCCCCAAGAGCACGGAGGGCCGCAGCCUGGGUGUGGGCGUGGGCGCGGGCUCGGGCGGGGGCGCUGCAGGUGCGGGCGUGGGAGCCGGCAGCUCCACCUGCUCUGGUGCCAGCACCGGCGGGCCCGACCCCCCGGACGCUGGCCCCAAGGCGCUGUACGACGUGGCUGAGGCCGAGGAGCACCUCCCCGCAGCCGCGCGCCCGCGCUCCCCGUCGCCCAUCAGCACGCUGAGCCACCGCGCAGGCUCCGCCAGCCGCACGGACGACGAUGUGCCGUCGCUGCACUCGGAGCCCGCGGCACGCAGCAGCUCCUCGCAGGGCUCGCUCAUGGAGCAGAUCAGCAGCGUGGUGACGCGCUUCACUGCCAACAUCACCGAGCUCAACUCCAUGAUGCUGUCCACCGCGGCUCCUGUACCCAGCGUGGGCGCUCCGCUCUGCUCCACCUACCUGAUCCCCAAAGAGAUCCAGUUGCCCACGACCAUGACCACGUUCGCCGAAAUCCAGCCUCUACCAGCCAUUGAGGUCACGGGGGGCGCGCAGCCUGCAGCUGGGGCCCCACAGGCUGGGGUCGCUGCCUGUGAGACCCCACCCCCAGCAACCGGACCGGAGGCUGCAGCGGGUAAGCCAGACCUGGAGGAGUUGGUGGCUCUCACCCCGCCAUCCCCCUUCAGAGACUCAGUGGACUCCGGGAGCACCACUCCCAACUCACCAGUGUCCGAGUCGGCCCUCUGUAUCCCGUCGUCUCCCAAAUAUGACACUCUCAUCAUAAGAGAUUACACUCAGAGCUCCUCGUCGUUGUGAAUGUCACUGGAACCACGCUGGGUUCCGCGUGCAGUGCAGAGAUUUCCGGUGUGCACAGACGCAGUGGCAGGCUUAAGUCACUGGCUUUGACCAAGGCGGAAGAGGUCAUGUACACCUGGAAUGUAAACAUGACAUUAAUAGUGCUACUUAAGGACAACCGACGAAGACACCAACUACAAAUCUUCUGGCAGAUUUUCUUCUAGUGGCCUUAGAAAACAUGGGCUUUUAAGAAACACUGCUUAUAUUUUUGAGGGCUGACAAAGGAGUCUGUUGAAACAGUUAAUACCAAGUGCUCCGCUCUAGGGCAGCAGUCAGUGUGAAACUGUGUAAUGGAGGGUGAGAAGCAUAGUUACUAAGCAACUGUAAAAAGUUUUCUUUGUUUACUUCCAUUCUUUUCCCAGAAGAGUCUUUGAUUCACCCAACAUGAAUGUACAUUUUCUAACAAACUCAUAAUCUGGGACCAAAACAUCAACCCUUCUCUUUUUUCUUUUUCUUUUCCUUUCUUUUAAAGACUUU